CGGAAGACGAAGAUUAAGCCGUAGUGCUGGGAGCAAAUUCAUCUCGGCGGUUUUUUCCUGCUUCGUCUGGGGUACCCCUCCCAAGCCCGAGUCUUUUACUUGUCCUGCCUGGAUCCCUACUCGACCACCCUCAGUCCGGGCUUCGCAUCUGCAACUACGGACCUGGGAAAUCCCUUCUCCCGGCUCCGGCGCCUCGCCAGGCCUCGAAUUUUCACCCCAGCCUCUCUCUCCUGGCCUGUGAUUACCAUUUGCCCCCGUAACCACCCGCUUCCUUCACGCCCACCUGAGACCAUUAGAGCGAUUCCACUGUGCCCAGCCUGGCACUCCACCCAUCGCACCCCGUCCCAGAUCUCGACUCAUCUCUGCCUGGAUACUUCCUCUUCAUCUGCUCUCUGGCCUCAGCUAACUAGCAACUCUCACAUUUGGGCCCAACCCCCAGCCACUGGCUGAAUUCCCUCCAUCCAUGCUCCCUCUUUAAUUAGCCAUGUUCUCGCUAAUGUAGCAGCCCUCUCCUUACCUGGCCCCGGAUCUGCAUUUUCAGCUGCUGGGUACCUUUCACUUGGCUGAUGGGUACUUGAUAUUUUCUGUUCCUGGGUCUAGGAUGAGGAGGAGCUUGGCUCCCAGCCAGCUGGCCAAGAGAAAACCGGAAGGCAGAUCCUCUGAUGAUGAAGACUGGCAGCCUGGGGCAGUGACUCCUAAGAAACGGAAGUCCAGCAGUGAGACCCAGAGCUGGGAGUGUUUCUUGUCCCCUUUUCGGAAAGCUUUGACCCAACUCACAAAUCGACCACCCUGUCUGGACAGUAGUCAGCAUGAAGCAUUUAUUCGAAGCAUUUUGUCAAAGCCUUUCAAAAUCCCCAUUCCAAAUUAUCAAGGUCCUCUGGGCUCUCGGGCAUUGGGCCUCAAAAGGACUGGGGUCCGCCGGGCCCUCCAUGACCCCCUGGAAGAAGGUGCCUUGGUUCUGUAUGAGCCUCCCCCGCUGAGCGCCCAUGACCAGCUGAAGCUUGACAAGGAAAAUCUCCCUGUCCAUGUGGUUGUUGAUCCUAUUCUCAGUAAGGUCUUACGGCCUCAUCAGAGAGAGGGAGUGAAGUUCCUGUGGGAGUGUGUCACCAGUCGGCGCAUCCCGGGCAGCCACGGCUGCAUUAUGGCUGAUGAGAUGGGCCUGGGCAAGACGCUGCAAUGCAUCACGUUGAUGUGGACGCUUUUGCGCCAGAGUCCAGAGUGCAAGCCAGAAAUUGACAAGGCAGUGGUGGUGUCGCCCUCCAGCCUGGUGAAGAACUGGUACAAUGAAGUUGGAAAGUGGCUUGGAGGGAGGAUUCAACCUCUGGCCAUUGAUGGAGGCUCUAAGGACGAGAUAGAUCAAAAGCUGGAAGGAUUCAUGAACCAGCGUGGAGCCAGAGUGCCUUCUCCCAUCCUUAUCAUUUCCUAUGAGACAUUCCGCCUUCAUGUUGGAGUCCUCCAGAAAGGGAGUGUUGGACUGGUCAUAUGUGACGAGGGACACAGGCUCAAGAACUCUGAGAAUCAGACUUACCAGGCCCUGGACAGCUUAAACACCAGCCGGCGGGUGCUCAUCUCUGGGACUCCCAUCCAGAAUGAUCUCCUUGAGUAUUUCAGCUUGGUCCAUUUUGUUAAUUCUGGCAUCCUGGGAACUGCCCAUGAGUUCAAGAAACAUUUUGAGUUGCCAAUUUUGAAGGGUAGAGAUGCAGCUGCCAGUGAGGCAGAUAGGAAGCUAGGAGAGGAGCGCCUGCGGGAGCUCACCAGCAUUGUGAAUAGGUGUCUGAUACGGAGGACAUCUGAUAUCCUGUCUAAAUACCUGCCUGUGAAGAUUGAGCAGGUGGUUUGUUGUAGGCUGACACCCCUUCAGACUGAAUUAUACCAGAGGUUUCUGAGACAGGCCAAGCCAGCAGAGGAGUUGCGUGAGGGCAAGAUGAGUGUGUCUUCCCUUUCUUCCAUCACCUCACUAAAGAAGCUUUGUAAUCAUCCAGCUCUAAUUUAUGACAAGUGUGUAGAAGAGGAGGAUGGCUUCGAAGGUGCUUUGGACAUAUUCCCCCCUGGUUAUAGCUCCAAGGUUCUAGAACCCCAGCUGUCAGGUAAAAUGCUGGUCCUUGAUUACAUUCUGGCGGUGACCCGAAGCCACAGCAGUGACAAGGUAGUGCUGGUGUCCAAUUACACCCAGACAUUGGACCUUUUUGAGAAGCUCUGCCGGGCCCGAAGGUAUUUAUAUGUCCGCUUGGAUGGCACGAUGUCCAUUAAGAAGCGAGCCAAGGUUGUAGAGCGCUUCAACAGUCCAUUGAGCCCUGAAUUUGUCUUCAUGCUGAGCAGCAAAGCUGGGGGCUGUGGCCUUAAUCUCAUUGGGGCUAACCGACUGGUCAUGUUUGACCCUGACUGGAAUCCAGCUAAUGAUGAACAAGCCAUGGCUCGUGUCUGGCGUGACGGUCAAAAGAAGACCUGCUAUAUCUAUCGCCUACUGUCUGAACCAUUGAGGAGAAGAUCUUUCAGCGGCAGAGCCACAAGAAGGCGCUGAGCAGCUGUGUGGUGGACAAGGAGCAGGAUGUGGAGCGGCACUUCUCUCUGGGCGAGCUGAAGGAGCUG